AUGGCUUUUCAGGCUCCCCCCACCACAGUUCUUCCAUCUUUUACGGAAUUGCUCACCACGAUUCCACUCACCAAAAAAUCCAGUCCUCUGGUAGUGACAAAUAAAGUGCAAGUAAGUCAUUUUCCCACAUCAUCGCAUUCCCCCUUACAUUCUAACUCACUCAACCAAGAAACGGCAGUAUCCCUGAAUCAUUCAAUACGACAGAAAUGCCAGGUACAGCAUCAGGUCAUUCCAAGUCAAAGUCAAGCGCCAUCAAUUAAAUCACAAAAUCCACAGCAUGCACCGCAAAAUGCAGUGAUGUAUCCCUAUGUGACACCCCAGCAUUAUGCGCCCCCAUGUUAUGUGCCACAUCAAUAUGUAGUGUCGCCAAUGCCUAUUCAAUAUCAUCUUCUGAAUGAAAGUCAUCAUUCCCAUUACACUUCAGAGAUCAUGCGCCAAAAUAUAACACCACCACCUCUCCCUAGAAUCUUAUCAGCUAAUCUGGUAUUUGAUACAAACAGAUCAUCGAUUUCGUCUGCAUCUUCGGAAAGUUCGUUCUCUUCCUCAAACUUUGAGACUAUACGACCUAUAUCUCCUGAACCUAGGAAGAAAAAUAUAUGUAAGACAUGCUCUCGAGUAUUCACUACCUCCGGACACUUAGCUAGACACAAUAGAAUUCAUACAGGCGAAAGGAAGCACUUAUGUCCCUGGCCACUGUGUGAAACCAGGUUUGCCAGACAAGACAACUGCAUGCAGCAUUACAAGACUCACACAAAUGGGAAAACUAAAAAGAAGAAGAGUGCCUAG